UGCGACAUUUCUCAACAACUCAAACUGCUCGAUUUAUACGUUUUUUUUUAUUUUUACUAACAACUUUGUUUAUUUGUAGCUGCUUCGUUAAUGAGAUAAAUAUUUUAUUUUUAAUCAUAUACCUUUCCUUCUUUGAUAUUUUGUUGUUUUACGUUUUAUUGGCGGUCGUAAGCGACACGCUAGGUGGCAGUAUGUUUGUGCAUAACUAACUUUACUCAGUUGAUGAAGAAGUAAAUCGUGCUUGAGGUUGUGUUGUGCGGUAGAAGUUAAAUCUCCUUACUUUUCUAACUGAACUGGUAAAGUCCAAGGGUUUUGGCGGAAACCCGACGUUUGUCUCAGAGCCAUGUACCACAACAGCUCCCAGAAGAAAUAUUGGACUUUCAAUAAAGAGGUCAACUUGGAAAAUUUAAGACUUGAGGCUAAUCAGAAGUUUCGUGCAAAAGCCCUAAGUCUCCGAAAGCCUGGAAUAAGUGAGUCCAUGUUUCUUGAUCCCCAUGAAGAGAAAGUGCUCUUUAGACACUAUGAGAAGAGAUUGCUUGACUUCUGCUCAGUGUUCAAACCAGCGAUGCCCAAAUCUGUAGUGGGCACGGCUUGUAUGUAUUUCCGAAGAUUUUAUUUAAACAACUCCUUAAUGGAGUACCAUCCAAGGACAAUAAUGUUGACGUGUGCCUACCUGUCCUGUAAGGUGGAUGAGUUUAAUGUUUCCAGCACUCAGUUUGUGGGGAAUCUUCAGGAAAAUCCAGCAGCUCAGGAGAGAGCUCUGGAGCAGAUCCUGGAGUACGAGCUGCUCCUCAUCCAGCAACUGAACUUUCACCUGGUGAUACACAACCCGUACCGGCCCCUCGAAGGCUUUCUCAUAGACCUGAAGACCAGGUAUCCACUGUUGGAGAAUCCAGAGAUGUUGAGAAAAAGCGCAGAAGACUUCCUCAACAGAGCAGCAAUGACAGACGCAGGCCUUUUGUUCUCUCCAUCCCAGAUCGCCCUCACCGCUGUCCUCAACAGUGCAGCACGAGCAGGCCUCAACAUGGAAACGUAUCUUACUGAAUGCAUGGGGCUAAAAGAUGACAAGGAGACGCUUUCCAAGAUGUACGAUGCAAUGAGGCGAAUCACUGCUCUCCUCAAGGAAUAUGAGCUUCCCAAAUCCGAAGAAGUGAAUGUUUGCAAACAGAAACUGGAAAGGAUUCAUGCCGAGUUCACCAGCAACACAAAUUUGAAAAGGAAGCAUGGCUAUGAAGAUGAUGACCACGUCGCGAAAAAGCCCCUUGUUACUGAAGAGGAGUGGACUGAUGAAGACCUGGAUGUUUUGUAACACGGCUAGUACAUCUUGUUUUACGAAUACACAUUCCUUAAAUGUACAGAUUCACUUAGCACCUUAGUCAAGGUGAACGGAAGGUGAAGUCAGUGCUUUCUGUUUUGGCAACUGACCACUACUUCAUGCUAUUUUGUAAAUACCUAGGCAAUAUUUGCCUUCUCUAGUUGUGCUGUCCUAUUUACUGAAAAUAAAAUAAAUUUUUUGUACUCUA